GGCUUGCGCUCCAGUUGCCGGGUCUGGGCUGUUGCUAGAAGCGGCGGUUGGACCUCAUUUUCCGAGGAACCCGAGGAGGAGCGGCUUGGUCCUGCUCUGCGGAGAGUGAUGCCGCUUCCCGACACCACGUUCUGCGCGCAGCAGAUCCACAUUCCUCCGGAACUGCCGGACAUCCUGAAGCAGUUCACCAAGGCUGCGAUCCGCACCCAGCCCGCCGAUGUGCUGCAGUGGUCUGCAGGGUAUUUUUCAGCUUUGUCAAGAGGAGAUCCACUUCCUGUAAAGGACAGACUCGAAAUGCCCGUGGCCACUCAGAAAACAGACACAGGCCUGACUCAAGGACUCCUUAAAGUUUUGCACAAGCAGUGUAGCCACGAGGAAUAUGUGGAAUUAGCAGAUCUUGAGCAGAAAUGGAAAAAUUUGUGCCUGCCAGUAGAAAAAUUCAGAGCUCUCUUCCAGUUGGAUCCUUGUGAAAGCAAAAUCGAGUGGAUAAAAUUUUUAGCGCUUGGAUGCAGCAUGCUUGGUGGGUCGCUGAACACGGCGAUGAAGCACCUGUGUGAGAUCCUGACGGCCGACCCAGAGGGCGGGCCUGCGUGCAUCCCCUUCCAGACUUUCUCCUACGUCUACCGUUACCUGUCGGGACUCGACUCGGAUAUCCCUGCAUCGGACACGGAGUCCUACCUCUCCUCUCUGAAGGAAAACAUAGACUCUAGACAGAAUGGCAUGAUAGGACUUUCAGAUUUCUUCGUUCUAAAGAGGAAAGUUUAGAAAACCUCGAAAAGAAAAUUCAGAAGACAGGUCAUUAACACAGAGAAGAACACAUUUUAAUGCCAAAGGAGUGCUUUGUAAAACCUUGGCACUGAAUACAACCUGUCAUUAAC